AUGUAUCCCCUACACCUGUAUCUCUGUCCUAUCCCUGUACCUCCUACACCUGUACCCCCUACACCGGUAUCCCUAUCCUAUACCUGUAUCUCCUACACCUGUAUUCCUUACACCUGUAUCCCUUACACCUGUAUUCGAUAUUCCUAUGUCCCCUUCACCUGUAUCCCCUACACCUGUAUCCCCUACACCUGUAUCCCCUACACCUGUAUUCCUUACACCUGUAUCCCUAUCCUACACCUGUAUCCCCUACACCUGUAUCCCUAUCCUACAUCUGUGUUCCCUACACCUGUAUCCCCUGCACCUGUGUUCCUCACACCUGUAUCCCUUACACCUGUAUUCGUUACACCUAUAUCCCCUUCACCUGUAUCUCAUAUAUCUGUAUUUCCCCAUUAA